AUUCUGUCUUCCUCGUAUUCCCUGGGGAUAUCACAGCCUUAGCUACCACAUCUAGAGAACUUUGGGUAUUCUCUCGUGACAAGUGCUUCCAAUUUUCGAAGUGGAUUUCAAGGCUGACCUCUCUUCUUGCUCCUGCUAAACUCUGAAUACUGACAACUACCAGAUGAAUCACAACCGCAAUGUCCCUGACAACGCCGUCUAUCUCACUUCCAUAGCAGCUGGUAUCCUCUGCCUCGUCAACCUUGGCUCCACAUUCGCUUUCAACAUUAUCGUCUCCCUCACCCUCCUGACCUACAUGAUCACCAUCGACUGCGUUCUCCGCAAGCGUCUCCUUGGCAAAGAACUGCCCUCCGCCCGCCGGCCCUUAGGUAGAUUUGGUAUCCCGAUUGAUGGUUCUCUGUUCUUGUAUUCUGGUUUGUGAUCGUUUUCGGCUGCUUUCCGUCUGCAGUGCCGGUUACGUUGACGACUCUGAAUUGGACACCGGCUAUUUGGGUAGGCGUUGUGUUUUUGGCUGCUGUUAUCUAUGAGUGAAUGGGAGGAGACAUUAUACUCCUCCUGUGGUGUUUGUUAAGGGCAAGAGAGCGGGAGGGGUUGGGUUGCAGGGUGUCGACUGAAGUAUUCAGUGCUCACAGUUGGGAGAGGUCAUCUCAUCAGAUAUUUCAACUAUACUAUGAUAUGAUAUCUUAUGACCUAAUAUGUACAAUACCCAGAUUCCAAUGGUACGAAUUAUGGGUUUCAAUCAAGUCUGCAGA